CGCAAAAACUGACUGAUGACCGAGCAGCGGAGAUGGCGGAUGGCAUUGCGAGAUCCGUGUUUGCCACCCUGUCUGGUGAUGGGCAGGCGAUCAACACGCGGGACCUGAUGCGUGUGCUGCCGUCAUCGCCAUCAACAUCACCAUUCGCAGCAACGGUUGCCCACGCAAGCAGCGAGGAUGCCACAGACGUCACAGACUCAGCCCUCAAAGAACAAGCAGAGGCAAUCCUUCAACGCCUCGGCGCUGCACCGGGCGCAGACCACGUAUCCUUUGAAGAGUUUGCCGCUGCCUUAGAAGGACUGGAUGAGAACCUGCUGCGCAUCCUCUCCACAUCGACUGCAACCACAGGCGCUGAACACACACAGGAGCACCACCAGCCGCAGCAAUACGGUGAUGCCGCUCCAACACCCUCUUUAUCGUCGCCGUCGUCCCCGCACACACCAUCGCAGGCAGCAGACCCCAGCCAACCCCUCGCUGGGGAUGAGUACGCGAGCACCCGCCCAACGCCACUGUCACCGGCAGCACAUGAGCUGCAUUCGCCUCGCCACUCAGCAGAACCGCACGAAUUCGUGCAUACACCGCCACAUGAGGCCGGCCUCGUGUUGCUGGACGCGACUGCCAGUGGCCAUAACAGCCGCGGUGACGAUGACGGCGACGACGACGACAGUGUUCAGCACCUCUCCUUCGAGUACGACAGUCUCAAUGCAAGCCAUGGUGGUGGCAGCAGCUCAGGCCAUCGUCGGAGUGCCAGUCACGGCGUGAGCCCGGCAUAUGGGCGGCACUCGAGCACCAGCGGAAGCCGCAGUGGCCGCGCAUCUGCAACGCUGGCGACGGCACGACGCAGCGGUGACCUCCAACCCAUGGACACACACGACCAGUUCCUCGUCUCCCGCGCCGAUUUUUCCGCGCUCAUGGAGGAGAACACACAGUUGAAGGAUGAGAACGAGCGAUUGGCCCAUCGCCUCCGUGAUGCAGAGCAGAAGUUGCAGGACAAUGAGACUGAGCUGCUGCAGCUCUCACACGAGGAGCGGAUGGUAGAGGAAGAAACACGUGCUCAGAUCACCGCCCUCAAACACCAGAUCAACACACUCCGCAAGGAGCGAGCACAGUGGGAGCAGCAGCAGACGCAGGAGGAGGCCUCGGUCCGCACACAGCUCGAACAGAGGCACGCGGACAAGAUCCGUGCAAUGGAGGAAGAGCAUCAUGCCGCGUGUGUGCGGAAGGAUGUGGAGAUGGCCGAGUUGCAGGAGAAGGUGAUGCAACUCAAGGACGCUGUGGCGGCGAGGGAUCAGGAACUCAACACACGGCAGCGGCAGUACCAGACGGAGAUUGGCGUAUUGAAGAGUGAACUGAGGACGCAACAGAGCGCCUUUGAACAACUCACGGCCGAGGCUGAGGAGCUUCGGUUUGCGGCCGACACGCUGAAGGAGGUGCAAGAGGAGAACAGGCGGCUUCGCGACAGGCUCGACGAGGCAUUACAGGCACAGCAGCACGGUGACAGCAGACGCGCUGACAACAACAGUUACAGACAGGGUGGUGGUGGGGAUGGUGGUGAUGAGGAUGAAAGUGGUGACGUUGGUGCUGCACUGAUGGCGGCAGAGGACCCAGCAAAACCAGUUGCAUUUGACCUCGCUGUUGAACACAAGUUGGAUGCAUUGAAGGCGGAGCAUCGACGCGAGCGAGCACGACUGCAGAUGAGCAUCGUGGUGGCGCGGCUUCGUGUUGAGGCGAUGGAGAAGGAACUCAAGCAGCUCUCUGUCCUGCAAUGCACGACCAAGAUUGAAAACGACAACUUCCAAGUCCAGUUGGAGGUGCUAGGCAAAUCGUUGGAAGACAUGAAGAAGUUUGUGGAUACAGAUGGCUCUGUUGUGCGCCGGCUCGGACCUCCGAGACGAUUAACGUGGAACGCCAUCAUGCGCCGCUUCACGCCGGAUCGUCAAAGCUAGCAAACAACCAAGCUGCUACCUCGAACACAACACAACACAACACAACACACACUCACACACACGCACACUCACACACACACACACACAACACAACACACACGCACACACACACACACACAACACACACCCACGCACACACUCACACACACACAACACAACACAACAACGACUGGAUUCAGUUGCAUGUAGAAUUAUUGUGGAUGAUAUAAAUAAUUGUCG